GUAAGCAGUAGCAGAAAGAAUUGGGUUUCUAUAAGCUUACUGUAUUUAAAUAACUCUUAAAGAAUGAAAUCAUUUAUUCUUUUCCAGAGUGACACCACCUAUAGUGCCAAUGUUCAGAGUUCUGGUUGUGCAAAGAAGAAAGUUCUUGUUGCCCGAGAUACCUCACAUGUUUUGAGCAAAAGAGCCUACGAUGCACAGAAUGAGUCUUCUACUUCAAAUAGCAGCCACAGUAACCCCCAGGGUGGAUCAUUUAUUGCAACCCAUGGAUCAAGUCAGGGUGGUUGUGUUUGUCCUGAUGGCAGCAGUGGUAGCAGACAGGGAGCCCCAGGUUCUUCACACAGCACAUAUUCUGGUAACCAGGGAGGGCCUUCCUUCUAUCCUGGAGGAUCCUAUGGACAGGGCAGCCAGGGUUCUUCCUAUGGCUCUUACUCCGGUAACCAGGGUGGGUCUUCCUUCUAUCAUGGUGGAUCUUAUGGACAGGGAGCCCCAGGUUCUUCACACAGCACAUAUUCUGGUAACCAGGGAGGGCCUUCCUUCUAUCCUGGAAGAUCCUAUGGACAGGACGGCCAAGACUCUUCCUACAGCUCUUACUCUGGUAACCAGGGUGGGUCUUCCUUCUCUCCUGGUGUAUCUUAUGGACAGGGUGGGUCUUCUGCCUAUGACAGCAGUGGUGAAUCCUAUGGUCAGGGUGGAUCUUCCACAUACAGUGGUGCUGGAUCUUAUGGUCAGGAUUCGUCUUCCAUAGGAGGCAGUGACAGUGACAAUGGCUCCAGCUCACUAUCUGGCAGCCAGCAGAAUGAACGGGAUUUUUAUUCCCCAGGAGGCAGCCAGUCAGGUGGACAUGGCUCAUCCUCUCAAAGUGGUGGCUACUCCAGUGGACAGGACUCCUCCUCAUCUGGAAGCAGCCAGUAUGGUGGGCAGGGUUCAAGUUCUUCAGGAGGCAGCCAGUAUGGUGGACAGGGUGGAUGUGAUUGUUCUGGGACAAGUUCUGGUGGAUCCCCUACCUUAGUCAGGAGUGAUACCUCUGCAAAUGGCUCAUCUUCUUCUGGAGGCAGCCAGUACAGUGGCCAAGACUCGUAUUCCUCUGGAGCUAGCCAGUAUGGUGGACAGGGGGCAUCUUCUUAUGGAGGCAGCCAGUACGGAGGACAGGGUUCACCUUAUUCAGGAGGCAGCCAGUAUGGUGGACAGGGUUCAUCUUAUUCAGGAGGCAGCAGCCAGUAUGGAGGACAGGGUCCAUCUUCCUAUGGUGGCAGCCAGUACGGAGGACAGGGACAGGGUGCUUCGUCAGGAAGCAGCCAGUACGGUGGACAGGGCUCUUCAGGAGGCAGCCAGGACAGUGGACAGGGUGGAUGUGUGUGCCCCGGUGGAAGUACAGGCUUUUAUGCAGGAAACAAUUACCCUGGUAGACAGGGUUCAUCAUCCUCUGGAAGCAGCCAGUAUGGGGGACAGGCAAGCAAUGUUUCUUUGUUUUCAAGAUCUUCUUCCUACUUGCUAUUUAUUAAAUGAAAAAUAGGACGCAGUGCAUCUGCUGCCAGGCACCUUGUCAGAGUCCUUUUACUCUCAAUAAAUAUCUGAAAACAGGGGCUCUUUCUCAGUAAAUGAAAUGGAGUGGCAUGAACAAACUCCAAUGUAAAGACACUGCACAGAUCAUCAUUUUAGUUCUUUUACCUCUUUUGUCUCAAGUGAUGAUUUUAAUUCACCAUUUUUAUGUUUGUUUCACAUUCCUAUGAUACCAAAAAACUCUAUCUUCUCUGUUAUUCUUCAAUUAUAUUAUCAUUAUCUUUUUUUUUGUGUAUUUGUUUAGAUUAAAUACUUAGAAACUUGGUACAACAUCUACCAAUAGGUAUUGCUUUGAAAAUACAAAUUCUGGUGUGUUACCCGCAAUAAUACUACUUUACUCAUCUUCAGCUGCCAUUAGAGCCUCUUAUUGUAAGCUGCUCCCUAUGUACCUUUUGUAGACUUUGUAGUUUGUCACUGAGUGAGAAAUCUUGCUAGCCCAAAGAGUUAACAGAUGUAACGGAUGGCUCUCUAAUAAGAAGGUGGACCAUAUUUUUCCCUAGUAUUACUCUGUUUGCAAAGUUUCACUCUGCUAUACUAAAAAACUAAUUUCUUUUUACUCCAUUGGCAGGCAUUUGAGUUCAGUAUCACUCUAUUAAGAUAAUUUCUUGUAGCAUAGAGAGGAUUUUUAACAGCUGCAACCCAAAUCUUUCCAAAAUACCUCUUUUCUUACAGUAAUACACAUGAAACAAUCUGAACACAUUUUCCACCUAGAAAAUCACAAAUAAAGUAUUUUUUUUUCCCCUCUUGAACAGAGCCACACUUAAAGACACUUUAUACCUGUAUAUUUAUGUCAGAGAAUAGUCUUAGCAGGUGUUUUGUGACUGUUUGCCAAAUUUAUUACUUUUAAGUGUUGAGAAACUUAGAAGAAUUAAGGCAGAAGUGUUUCCACACUCCUACUGGGAUCCCCUGUCAGAAGUUCCUUUUAUUAGGUUUCAUUCUGCGCAGAAAAACAAAAAAAAAUGCUUAAGCAUUUAGGUUUCUUGUAAUUUUUUUAAUAGGGAUCCUCAGGAAGCAGCCGGUAUGGUGGGCAGGACUCGUAUUCCUCUGGAGGCAGACAAUAUAGUCAAGGAGGCUCACCUUCCUCAGGAAGCAGUCAUCAAGGAAAGCCAGGCUCCUCUACCUCAGGAAGCACUUAUUCUGGGAAACCGAAUUCUCCUUCCUCAGGCGGCAGUCAAGUGAGCUCUGCUGGGAAACACUCCACUCCCGGAUUCCUGCUGUUAUUCAGUGUUUUGAGUGCCUUUGCUCUCUCUGCUGCUACAUCAAAAUGGUCUAUAUGAACUUCUGAAAAGUUGUUUGGCAUCCUACACAUGGAUUAUAUGCUAUAAUAUUAGAUUAAUUACUUGUUGUAAGAAAAACAAAAUACCCUUAAGUUGAAUUGGCAGAUACUACUUGGCUGUUAUGUUCUAUGUGUAGCUAGUAUGUCAUGCCUGUCAUUAGUUUACCUUUUGUUUUAGUCAUUAAUAGAUAUCAUUAGUUUUGUCAGUGUUUUAGGCAUCAUUUUAAGAGAGCAUAUUGUACCCUACCUAUAUGGUUUAUUUUUAUUUCCCACGGGCAAUGCAAAGAACCUGAAAUCUGACAGAUGCUACAAACAACUCCUUAAAAACUAUUUGGCUACUGACAAAAGCGGAGGAGGUCAAACAAAUUGUUAUAUAUUGAAACGGCCUGGUCAUCAUCAGAUGAAAUAAGGCUAAGGUGAACAUCUGAUAAGCAGUCCUCCAUGGGACAGAAGAAAAGAUGCUAGAACAAUAUCAGAGUAUUGGGUUUAGCCCAGUGGGCAAAAAUUUUGGGGAAAAAAAAAACACAUGGGACUAAAAUUUUGGGAAAUUAAUUAUUCAUUAAAGAAGCCAAACAGCUCAGAGCAAAGAAAUGCUGAAUUCUGUUCAAAUACCUGAAGUUCUGUAGAGAAACAUAUGAGGCAAAUGCACCCUAGAUUAGGCUGAUAAUCUAAAAGCUGCUGAAAACCAAUGCAUUUUCCCUUGGGAAGGAACGGAAAUUUAAUUAAGUUCAUAAAACUGGUAGUUUCUUGGCUCCUUUUCUCCAGUAUUUAGUCUAACCUGUGAUACCAGAUGUAUCUUCAAGUUUAAUAUCAAGAAUGAUGCUGACAUCUGCAAGCAGGCACAGUAAAUGUGGUCACAGAAAAACCAUGGCCCAUUUUUGAGUUCAGGAAAAGUUCCACAUCUUGCAGCAAACUCUUCUGGUACUGCCAGAGCUGUGUCUGUAUGUGCAGUGGCCAUUGCUCUUGACACCCUGUUAGCAGUGGGGUGUCUGCACCGACACUCCUGCAGCUCCAGCUAAGCUCCUUUGGUGUUAACAAAGUGCCUUCUCCUACGGAGUACUUCUAAUUAUUGUCUUAUGGAAAAUGUGCCUAGUAUUAAAGUUACAUUUACUUGUA